GGGUCGCGCAGGAGGGCGUGGGCGGGCGGCGCCGGGAGCGCGCGGCGGGUGCGCGGACCGGAGCGCGAGAAGGAGGGGCGCGGGUGACGGAGCGGAGCCGCUGCCAGCGUCGUGGCCCCGGAGCUGCCGGACGGAAGAGAAGCUGCGCCAGACGCCGGUCGGCUGCCCGACCCUUGGACUCGCCCCGGGGCCGAGCGUCCGCGGCUUCUGGCUGGUUGGGGAGGCGCUGAGGCCCCACGGGAAGAUGUUCCACGCGGAGUCGGUGGAGCGGGUGGAGCUGUGCGAGAGCCUCCUCACUUGGAUCCAGACCUUUAACGUGGAUACACCAUGCCAGACCGUGGAAGAUUUAACGAAUGGGGUUGUGAUGGCCCAGGUUCUUCAGAAAAUUUGUACCAUUCCUGUUGGGACACAGGCAGCACACUGUGCUGGGAGCCUUGGCAAAAGAAGUCAAGAAGCAAAAGAGGAAGGGGUAGAGGUCCUAACAGUCUUCAAAGAGUACAUUCAAGCCAUUAUGAUGAUGGAAGAAUCUGUUCAGCAUGUUGUCAUGACAGCCAUUCAAGAGCUAAUGAGUAAAGAGUCUCCUGUCUCUGCUGGAAAUGAUGCCUAUGUUGAUCUUGAUCGCCAGCUGAAGAAAACUACAGAGGAGCUCAAUGAAGCUUUGUCAGCAAAAGAAGAAAUUGCUCAAAGAUGCCAUGAGUUGGAUAUGCAGGUUGCAGCAUUGCAAGAAGAGAAAAGCAGUUUAUUGGCAGAAAAUCAGAUACUAAUGGAGCGACUUAAUCAGUCCGAUUCUAUAGAAGAUCCCAACAGUCCAGCAGGAAGAAGACAUUUGCAGCUUCAGACUCAGUUAGAGCAGCUGCAAGAAGAAACAUUCAGACUAGAAGCAGCCAAGGAUGAUUAUCGAAUACGCUGUGAAGAGUUAGAAAAGGAAAUCUCUGAACUUCGGCAGCAGAAUGAUGAACUAACUACUUUGGCAGAUGAAGCUCAGUCUCUAAAAGAUGAAAUAGAUGUUCUUAGACAUUCUUCUGAUAAAGUAUCUAAACUAGAAGGUCAAGUCGAGUCUUAUAAAAAGAAGCUAGAAGACCUUGGUGAUUUGAGGCGUCAGGUGAAACUCUUGGAAGAAAAGAAUACUAUGUAUAUGCAGAACACUGUCAGUCUAGAGGAAGAGUUAAGAAAGGCCAAUGCAGCGCGAGGUCAGCUUGAGACAUAUAAGAGACAGGUAGUAGAACUGCAAAAUAGAUUAUCUGAAGAAUCAAAGAAAGCAGAUAAGUUAGACUUUGAAUAUAAAUGGCUAAAAGAAAAAGUUGAUGGUCUUCAAAAAGAAAAGGAUAGGUUAAGAACAGAAAGAGAUUCUCUGAAGGAGACCAUUGAAGAGCUUCGUUGUGUACAGGCUCAAGAGGGACAGCUCACCACUCAAGCUAAGGCUUGCAGUACUAUAUUGAUCAACAGUGGAAAAG